AACCUUAAUCCCUUCAUUUCCCUUUCUUACCACAAAAAUCCUUUCUUUCUUCCUUCCCAAACACUCUGAAAAAACUACAGUCCAAAAUUCUGCACAUUUCCACCCUCCACCCCACCCCACCCCAGUGGUUGGGUGUGUUCUCUCUCUCACACUCCUCCACACUCAGAAUACACUAUCUUUCUAUACUAACAGACAUAUACGUGUGUGUGUGUGUGUGUCUGCGCAGCUCCGCCGAUCGUUCUUCUCCCAGAUUGCUGAGUAAGUCGCUUGCUCUCUCGGCUUGUGUGCUGUGUCUCUGCUGUCUCUCUCUCUACAUUUAUUGAGCAGCCCAUAUAUGCAUCUACAGAUAUUUUGCGCGUAAAUGUAAAUUUAUGCAUGUGAGUUAAGUAGCUAUCGGGAAAUUUGGUAUGGGGCAUAAGAAGCGAAAUGUUGCCCCUCGCUCCAAACCCUCUCAGCCACAGUCUGCGGCGGGGGCCGAGGAUGCCGCCGCCGAUGGUGGUGCUGCGAACCCGGAGCAUUCCCCAAACCCUUGUGUGAAAACAACUGCGAAAUCGGAUGCUGCGGAUUUGGAAAGCAGUAGCAAUGCGAACUUUUCUUCGUCCUAUGCUUCGAUAAAGCUUGAAUGUGAGCGUGCCUUGACGGCUUUGCGUCGGGGGAACCACACCAAAGCCCUAAGAUUGAUGAAGGAUUUAGGUACGAAACAUGAGAAUUCCCCACACUCGGCCUUGAUCCACCGUGUUCAAGGGACUGUUUGUGUGAAGGUGGCUUCAAUUAUUGAUGACCCAAAUGCCAAACAGCGGCAUUUGAAGAAUGCGAUUGAGAGUGCGAGGAGGGCAGUGAGUUUGUCCCCCAGUUCUAUUGAGUUUUCCCAUUUUUAUGCGAAUUUGUUGUACGAGGCAGCAAGCGAUGGCAAAGAAUACGAGGAGGUCGUUCAAGAGUGUGAGAGGGCUUUGAUGAUUGAAAAUCCUGUGGACCCUGCAAAGGAGAGUUUGCAGGAGGAGAACCAGCAGAAGAUUUCCACAGCUGAGGCGCGAGUUGCCCAUGUUCAAAGUGAGCUCCGGUCUUUGAUUCAGAAGUCAAACAUUGCGUCCAUUUCGACUUGGAUGAAGAAUCUUGGUAAUGGGGAGGAGAAGUUUCGGUUGAUUCCAAUCAGGAGGGUUCCUGAGGACCCAAUGGAGCUCAGAUUGAUUCAGGCAAGGAGGCCAAAUGAGAUUAAGAAGGUGGCAAAGACACCUGAGGAACGGAGGAAGGAAAUUGAGGUGAGGGUGGCUGCUGCCCGGCUUUUGCAGCAGAAGUCCGAGUCUCCUCAAUUGGGAAAUGAUGGCGAUGAUAGUAAUAAAAACAACAAGGGGCUGGAUUCGUAUCCAAUACCGGGCCAGAAAGCAGGAGAAAGAAGGAAAAGUGGGACCGUGAGGAAAAAUGCAUCUUCAGAUGAGAGGAGGGAUUGGGUCCAGUCAUAUUGGAACUCAAUGAGUUUGGAUGUGAAGAAAGAUUUGCUUAGAAUUAAGAUUUUGGACCUACAGGCGCAUUUUAGUUCAUCAAAGGAUGGGUCACCAAGUGAGGUGCUUAAUGAGGCUUUGUCCUUUGGGGAGACAAAUAAAGCGUGGAAAUUUUGGUUGUGCUGUCGCUGCAACGACAAAUUUGCUGACGCUGGUUUGUUCAUGCAGCAUGUUGUGCAGGAGCAUAUGGGCAGUUUGUUGCCCAAAAUGCAGUCAAUUCUGCCCCAGAAUGUGGAGAAUGAAUGGGCCGAAAUGCUUCUAAACUGUUCAUGGAAACCGUUAGAUUUAAAUGCUGCAAUUAGGAUGCUUGGGAAACAGUCAAAAUCUGAUGCAACUGACUUCCUUGAUGAAGCCCACCGCAAAAAUGGCGUAGAUGAUUCCAAAGAAUGCUUUAUCGACACUUAUUGUAGCGAGUAUGAAUGGGUUUCAUCACCUAGAAAGAAAAGAUCUGGUGAUAAUUUCAAAGUUUGUACCAAGGAUAGCAGGGAGUUUGAAGAUGUUGAGUGGAUGGACUGUGACGGAGAUCAAAGGAGCAAGGAAAGUUUACUCCAUGAAAAUUGGCCUUUGUCUGAUGACCCUGAACGUACAAAGAUUCUGGAAAGAAUCCAUGCCAUUUUCCAGGCACUUAUCAAAAACAAGUAUCUGGCGACAGGUCACCUUAGCAAGGUUAUACACUUUGCAGUGGAGGAGCUGCAGGGUCUUGCUUGUGGUUCUCUACUUCUCAACUCCAACUUGGAGCGAACACCUUUAUGCAUCUGCUUUUUGGGUGCUCCAGAGCUUAAGAAGAUCCUGAAAUUUUUGCAAGAAAUUUCUCAUUCUUGUGGACUUAGUAGAUAUUCUGAUAAAAGUAAUGCAGUAGAUGAUACAAACACUGGGGUUCAAGGUGUUGAAAUUAUGGAGAAGAUAAUAUUCAGCCAGGAUGCUUCAUUUUUGGUCCUUGAUGAGCAUUUUCUUCCCUGCAAGGUCCCUCGUCUAUCUUAUGAUGAUGCUGUCAAUGAUUGUUCUAUCUCAGCAACUUCAUCUCAUGUCAACUAUGAGAAUGGUGUUAUACUUGAUUCAGAUGCAUUAUUGUCCUGGAUAUUUACAGGCCCCUCAAGUGGUGAGCAAUUGGCAUCCUGGAGACAUGUAAGAGAAGAGAAAGCUCAGAAAGGUCUGGAAAUUCUCCAGUUGCUUGAGAAAGAAUCUUACCAUCUGCAGGGCUUAUGUGAGAGAAAAUGUGAGCACUUAAGUUAUGAGGAGGCAUUGCAGGCUGUGGAGGAUCUUUGCUUGGAAGAGGGAAAGAAAAGAGAACAUGCCAAAGAUUUUGCUCAUCAUAGUUAUGAUUCUGUUCUUCGAAAAAGGCGAGAAGAGCUCAUCGAAAAUGACAAAGAUAGUAACAUUAUCAGCAAUAGAUUUGAGUUGGAUGCUAUAACAAAUGUUCUAAAGGAUGCAGAGUCACUAAAUGUCAACCAGUUUGGUUUUGAGGAGAGUUACAGUGGCGUGACAUCUCAUCUUUGCGACCUAGAAUCUGGUGAAGAAGAUUGGAGAAGAAAAGAAUACCUCCAUCAGGUUGACUCUUGUAUAGAAGUUGCAAUACAGAGACAGAAGGAGCAAGUUUCUAUUGAGAUCAGCAAAAUCGAUGCAAGAAUCAUGCGCAUAGUUGUCGGGAUGCAACAGUUAGAGGUUAAACUUGAGCCUGCAUCUUCCCAUGAUUUCAGAUCAGUCUUAAUACCUCUAGUCAAAUCAUUUUUGCGGGCACGCCUAGAGGAUCUGGCAGAGAAAGACGCCAGAGAAAAAUCUGAUGCGGCAAGGGAGGCAUUUUUGGCAGAACUUGCUCUGGAUUCCAAAAAGGGUGUUAGUGCAGGAGUUGAUAAUUCAAGACAUGUCCAUGAGAGGACAAAGGAUAAGAAAAAGAGCAAGGAGAGCCGGAGAAACAAGGAUCUAAAGGCUACUCAUUGUGAUGAGCUGCACAAUCAGACUGCAGAAGAGAUAUUGCUUCAAGUUGGUCAUGAUGAGGAUGGUCCAGGUGCUGAAAUUGCUGAUCCUGUGUCUGAUGAUGCCUUACAGUUACAGGAAGAGGAGUACAAACGUAAAAUUGAACUUGAAGCUGAGGAAAGAAAGCUUGAAGAAACUCUGGAAUAUCAAAGACGAAUAGAAAAUGAGGCAAAACAGAAGCAUCUGGCUGAGCAGCACAAAAGAAUUUUAAAAAAUGCCGAGGAGAAUGGUGAACCAGUUGGAGUGUCUGAUGCUUACUUGAGGAGCAACCAUGAUGCCAAAGACAAUGAAAAAUGGAUAAAUAGGAAGGAAUCUUUGAUGCAGAAGGAUGGACUUGCUGGCGGUUUGGAAAGUGUGCCAAAGAGCUUUGCAAAUGGGGCUACAUUGAGAAGUGAAUUAGUGAAUGGUGGUAUUCCGCAAGAAGGUGGUUCAUUUUCUGAUCGACGCCCAGGAAGGAGAGGCAGACGGCAGAAGGGUCCAACCAACUUGAGUAAUGGAAAGAAUCAACCUCUGACAUCUGAAAAGGAAGAUAGUAAUGCUGGUCAGCCUAGAUAUGUGCAAAAUUCCCAUGGGGAUGGCGAUAAUGCAGGAAAAACAUUUAGACAGCUUCAGGUUGAGGAGGAUGAUGAAGAAAGGUUUCAAGCGGACCUUAAGAAAGCUGUACGCCAAAGUCUUGAUACAUUCCAUGCACAUAGAAAUUUACCUUUGACAUCAAGUUCAGCAUUGCCACACAAGGAGCUUCCCGAAACCACUGACUCAUGUGGUUCGCGCAAUGAAUGUGUGACAGAUGUUAACGGAAUGGAUGCAUAUGGAACAGGGCUAAAAAAUGAAGUUGGUGAAUAUAAUUGCUUUCUCAAUGUCAUAAUACAGUCCUUGUGGCACUUAAGACGGUUCCGGGAUGAAUUUUUGCGGAGGUCAUCAUCAGAACAUGUCCAUGUUGGUGAUCCUUGUGUUAUAUGUGCAUUGUAUGAUAUCUUCAUUGCUCUGAGCAUGGGACCUAAAGAUAACAGAAGAGAAGCUGUCGCCCCUACUUCCUUGAGAGUUGCUCUAAGCAACUUGUAUCCUGAUAGUAGUUUCUUCCAGGAGGGUCAGAUGAAUGAUGCUUCUGAAGUGCUGGGUGUAAUAUUUGAUUGUCUUCAUCAAUCAUUUACUCCUGCAUCUCAUGUUUCUGAUACCGAAUCAGUAGAUAGCAGUUGCACAGGCUCCUGGGACUGCACCAAUAGUUCUUGUAUUGCACAUUCAAUCUUUGGGAUGGAUAUCUUUGAGAGGAUGAACUGCUACAACUGUGGCUUGGAGUCCAGAUAUCUGAAAUACACAUCUUUCUUUCAUAAUAUCAAUGCUAGUGCUGUGAGAACAAUGAAGGUUAUGUGCCCAGAGAACUCCUUUGAUGAGCUUUUGAACCUGGUUGAGAUGAAUCACCAGUUAGCUUGUGAUCCAGAUGCUGGCGGUUGCGGAAAGCUUAACUAUAUCCAUCACAUUCUCUCCAGUCCACCACAUGUCUUCACAACAGUCCUGGGUUGGCAGAAUUCUUGCGAGAGUGUUGAUGAUAUAACGGCAACAUUAGCAGCCUUAUCUACUGAGAUAGAUAUCAGUGUCCUUUAUCGUGGUCUUGAUCCACAAAACAAACGUUGCUUGGUUUCAGUGGUUUGCUAUUAUGGGCAGCAUUAUCACUGUUUUGCCUACAGUCGUGAUCAUGAACAGUGGAUAAUGUAUGAUGACAAGACUGUGAAGGUAAUUGGUGGCUGGAAUGAUGUCCUUACGAUGUGUGAAAGAGGACAUCUACAACCCCAAGUCCUUUUCUUUGAAGCUGUAAACUAGUACCUAUGGAAUUUCAGUCUGCAACUUGAUACUCUGAAGAUGCUAAUUUGGCCAUGUCCAGUGUUGGAUCUAUUGAUGCUUCGAAAUCUCUGCUUGUGUGGGUCUUUGAGCUAACUUUUGAAAGCUGGACUUGGGAAUUAUAAUGCUGAUACGACGCCAGAAUUGUACUAUAAACGAUUUUGCUAUAUAGUGGGGAUAAAGGGGACAGGUUAUGCUAAGCAACCAGGAAGUCUCAACAAAUGAUCGCAAAAUUGUGAACGGGGGUUUUGGUGCUCAUGAUGCGAAGUUGCUGAUAGAGACAACUAUUCCAGGUGUUCCCUUCUGACUCUGAUAUCCUUCUAUCUGCUUGGGGCCGAAAGAGAUAAUAAGAACUUCUCAUUUAGUGGAUUGUACUUGAGCUCGUCAUCAAACUCUAAUGGCUGCCAUGACCGGAUAAUGGAUACUGCAAUUGUAAACAGACAUUUCUUGUACUUAGGUUCACAUCUCUGAUUCUCUUCCAAUACAAAGAAGUCAUGUAUAGAUCAGAUGUCGACCUGUCGGGAGCUGUUACUGCAGCAUAUAGAAAUACCCCCGUAUCAGUAUUUCAUCGGGAAAAACUUUUUCGCAUGUCACUGUUGAAAACUCCUGUACACCAUCGUUACAGCAAUAAUAUUUGGCCGAAACAGAUCAUACACAUUA